AUGGCCAGGUUCUCACUUAAAUCCAUCACCCCAGCCUUGUUGCUAGGGGGUUUAUUUCCAGCGGCCCCAGUUAACUCGAAGACGAUUGUCCACAACUUCACGGUCGGUUGGGUUACAGCCAAUCCUGACGGAGCCUUUGAUCGACCUACGAUUGGCGUCAAUGGACAAUGGCCACCACCGCUCAUCACAGGUGCUGUUGGCGAUCACCUGUCGCUGACUCUACGCAAUGAUCUUGGUGACGCCAGCACGAGCUUGCAUUUUCACGGAUUUCCUCAAAAUGGGACUACUCACAUGGAUGGCGCAGUGGGAGUGACACAGUGUGCCGUGCCACCUGGGGAAGUAUUCACAUACGAGAUUCAGCUCCAACGACCCGGGACAUACUGGUACCACGCGCACAACGAUGGUCAAUAUCCGGACGGCCUUCGAGGCCCGAUUGUCAUCCAAGACCCAGAUGGUCCCUAUGAGGAUAGCUAUGACGACGAGAUCAUCCUCACCUUGUCCGACUGGUAUCACAGGCCCAUGAAGGAUCUCAUCAAGGACUUCAUAAAUGUUGAGAACCCUACUGGUGCGGAGCCUGUACCGCAAGCCGCACUCAUGAAUGACACUCAAGGACUUCAAGUCAAAGUUCUGCCUGGCAAAACAUACUUGGUCCGGAUUGUCAACAUGGGGGCAUUUGCUGCGCAUUAUCUCUGGUUUGAGGGACAUCAGAUGCGUAUCGUCGAGGUUGAUGGUGUCUGGACGGAGGAGGCAUAUGCCGACAGGCUUUAUAUCACACCAGCCCAACGGUACAGCGUUCUCUUGACGACCAAAAACAGCGACUCGGAAAAUUUCCCCAUUAUUUCCGCUAUGGACCAGGAACUGUUUGACAUUAUCCCCGAAGACUUCAACCCAAACGUCACCGGUUGGCUAGUAUAUGACGACGCAGAGCCGCUCUCUCCGGCGUCAUUCCCUGACGAGCUCGACUCCUUUGAUGAUUUUGACCUGGUCCCCUACGAUGGAUUGGAGAUUCUUGACCACGUUGACCACACGAUACAACUCGACGUUACCAUGGAAAACCUAGGUGAUGGAGCAAAUUAUGCCUUCUUCAGCGACGUCACAUACGUCGCGCCCAAGGUCCCAUCGCUGUAUACUGCAUUAAGUGUCGGUACCGAGAAUGCCUCGGAUCCGCGCCCGUAUGGAUUGUAUACCAUCCCCCACAUUCUUGAACACGGCCAAGUCAUUGAGAUUGUCCUCAAUAAUGAAGAUGAUGGGAAACACCCUUUCCACCUGCACGGUCACAACUUCCAGCUAGUGCAUCGGUCGGAACCAGAUGCUGGUGCUUUCAAAGGUGACAUCGUUUCCAUUUCCCGGGCUCCAGUUCGCCGAGACACGGUAUACGUUGAACCGAACGGCAACAUCGUCCUACGCUUUCGGUCCGACAAUCCCGGAAUCUGGCUGUUCCAUUGUCAUAUCGAGUGGCACAUGGACCAAGGUCUGGUUGCCACUUUCGUGGAAGCUCCCGAGAUGCUACAGAAACUGGAUAUACCGAAAGCUCACUUUGAUAUUUGCCACGCCGCCGGGGUACCUACGGUCGGAAACGCGGCAGGUAACACGAAGGAUGUCUUUGACAUGAGCGGACAAAACAAGCCUCCGAAGCCCCUUCCGGCCGGUUUUACUCCCAAGGGGUACAUUGCCAUGUUUUUCAGCAGUGUAGCUGCCAUUAUGGGAUUGACGAUGCUUUACUGGUUAGUCCUGUUUCGAAUUCUCAAUGGCGAGAUCAGCCUGCUAACAUAUCCUCAAUUUUCACCGUCAUAG